AGAGUGCGUAAGGAUGAAGAUUCGUUACAUGUUAUUAUUAUUAAGCUCUUAUUAUUAUUCAUUCAUAUGAACGUUGUCUUAUUAAGAUUACGAGAAAUAGAACGUUAAUCUCUUCUAUCUAAUUCACUAAUUACCUUCUUUUAAUUAAGUUUUCUUCUCUAUAUGUGUGUUUGUGUGAUUGCGUUCUCUUUCUCGUAAUCUGAUUGUAUUUCUAUAUAUAGAUCUGUAUUUUUUUUUAGUUAAUUUUUUUCUCUUUCUAAUUAUAUACAACUUUCUCGAGAAAAUCCGUAAGGAAUUUUCCAUUUCCUCAGUUUCAGCCAGGCUAUUGAUCGAGUUAUUAGAAGGAUCAUAUCGCCCUUUUUUGUUGUAAUUUCUAAUCGAAGAUCUUAAUUAUAUUAUUAUGGCUAUGGAAACAGUGAUUGUUGACAGGUACUCUUCAUCGUCAAUCUCAGUUGGGUACAACAGCAACAAGCAAAUGAUGAUCAGAACCACCCCGAAGAAGAACAGCCGAGUUUCUUCUGGUCAUUACUACAAUAAACCAUCUGAAAACAUAGCUCCGGCGACGGCGAACAUGUACGGCGCCGGCAUCAUUCAACGCCUUCCUCCUCCUCUUUCCUUCUCUAAUUCAUCAUCUUCUUCUUCUUCUCUAUAUCCUAAUAAUAACCCAUAUCGUCAUCAACGACAACCAAACCCACCUUUACUUCCUCUACCGCUUCUUCCUCUCUCUUCAUCAUCACCAAUAACCAGAGGCCGUUCGUGCCCUCGGACCAAUACCAAAAACACCAACGGAGUAACCAGAAACCACUCCCUCACACCCAAGAAAUCAAAAUCCAACCCAGCAGCCAAAGUUGCCAACUUGAUGAAAUCUGAGUCUCUGGUUAUUGCUUCCACGAACAGGUUAGGACCCGAUCCGAAUGAUCUUCCUAAGGCUUUAACCACUAGAAAGAGUAGAGUUUGUUCUGUGGAAGAUUUAGACAAGUUUUCUGGUUCGGUGUUUAGCCUAGCUCCACCGCCGAGCAGCCUUCCUCUGCCGAGGUUUUCACUUAAGCCCAAGCUCAGUACUACUUGCAACGCUGAAGCAGCUGCCGGAAUCGAUGCCGGUGCAACGGACAAUCUCCGUCGGCUACUCCGUCUCCGGUGAACCCCUCUCUCUCCCACUACCACGUAUACUCUCUUCUACUAUAUGCUUCCUUGUUAUAACCAGUAGUUUUUCUUUGUUGGAGUGUAAAUAAAAGGAUCAUCAGGAUGAGAUGUUGUUAUGCCUUGCUGAUGAUUCUAAUGGAAAGUUUUUUUUAUUAUGGGGGGAUAUUUUGUGUUCAUCACCACCUGUGUUUUUUUAUAGGGUGUGUGAGCACAGAUAUAAAUCUUAUUAGGUAGAUCAGUUUGGCAAGAAAAGGGUUGUUUUUAUAUGUACCUUUGUUUGUUAUUACUACUUAUAGUUCACUCAAUAAUAUAUAUAUAUAUAUUUGAUGUA